CUGUCACUGUAUUUAAGACAAUAGUCCACACAAUGAGAUACAACACAUUUACACCACAUUUUGUGUUUAUAUUAAGUAUGUAUUCAUUAAAUAAAUGCAACGCUCAGUGGAUAGAGUUUAAGGACACAGUUAUGGGCACCGGAUGUCUCAUCAAAAUCACACCCAAACUCAAAGCCGAUUGUCUUCAGGCCUAUGACAACAAACUCGCCGCCCGACCCAAACAGGAGAGGGAUCAGAAGGUGCUUUGUUGCGCGUAUUUCGCGCUCCAGUCCUGUGUACUGAAGAUCGCGGAGAAUGAGUGCAAUAAUAAUAAAGAGGCGGAAGAAGUGGCCAAAAGUUUUCUCAAAACAAUCAAUCGUAACAUCGCUUCAGAUGAUUGUAUUGAUUACGGACUCACGGCGUGCAUCGAUCCGAGCAUCAAAUGGACUCUUGUGGCCAUUGGUGGUGCCCUCGCACUCGUCAUCAUUUUGCUUGUGUCGACCAUUUGUUGGCUAUUGUUAUCGAGGAAGCGAAAGUAG